AUGGCAAUUUUAAACUUAUCGAGAAUAUUUGGAAAAACUUUGAUUCCAAAUUUAAAUAAAGCAUCCGUUAGAAAUGCCUUUUUAAAGCCGCAUACUCAUGGAGGAAAUCCCGCAGAUUCUGUUCCCUUUGGAAAAUCCAUAGGAAACCCCAAUAGAAUGACCCUACUUUGCUGCUUAUUCUUCGGAAGUGGUUUAGCUGCCCCUUGUUUCUUGUUUAUUUAUAGCAUGCACAGAUAA